ACAUACAGUUACAAACAGUGAAUGAAUACAAGGACCGUGUUUUGAAUCACUUGUAUAUCAAAGGAAAAAACAGGACAGGUCAUGUUUCUUAGGCGAAUCUUGCGGAAGUUUCGGAGGCAGUGCUGUGUUGCUACACCUUCAAAAUAUACCAAGGUAGAUGUGUCAAAACGUAAACUUUGUGUCAUGUUGAUGGGUACGUGCUGGCUGUUCCUCUUAUUCUCGGCAAAUUUGGCUCAUUUUAGCUUAACGUACGAACGUUACAUAAUUGCGACUCAGUUUCGUAAUAAUUCUGUAAACUUCUUGUUUAUCUCGCAACCCGAAAUAUUUUCAAACCAGUCCAAAAUAACCAAUGGUUCGUUAGCCCAUGAAUUCCAGUUGAAAAGUGGUUUAACUGAAACCGUCAAAAAACACACGAGUAACGUAACAAAGUUAAUGUUACCUAAAGUCAAAACGCAAAACGCAAGUGUUUUACGUCAUAAUAAAUCUCGUCACAAUUCAGACAGUGAAACAAAAGUUGAUGACGUAAUGAAAAGGCAAAACCACGUGCUUAAUAAUACUACAGCAAAAUUUAAAGCAAAUAAUACAAACUACAAAUUGGCAAAUCUGUAUAAUCGAAGUACAAUAAACAAUAUUAAAUCAAUUAAUAACCAAACAACAGUCCAUGUUCAUGAAAAGCAUGGCUUUUUAAACAAUAUUUCUGAAGUUUUAAAGAAAGCAGACUUCGGUGAAGCAGAGCAUCUAGACACCAUACCAAAAUAUGUCAUAGAAAGUGAUAAAGUGAUCGAAAUCUUAGAUGCUGAAGUUAAUACAAGUUCGAUCCAAGAAGAUUUUAUAAUACCUGCAUACAGUCACGAUCUAAUUGAUAAAGCAGCCCUUAUAAAUGAGAAUAUUCCAACCGGAGAAGAAAUGCCCACAGAAGUUGACACAAAAGAUUAUAAACAUCCUGCCAUAUCAAUGAAUGAACCGUCUGAACCGAAUUCAAAUAAAGUAAAUGAAGAAUUACACAAUGUAACGAAAAGAAACAACUCGCAAGCCAAAGGACUUGUUGGAAUUGGCAAGAAUCAGAAAAAUUAUGAAAACCUUGGAAAUAAUUCAUCAGAAAAUCUGCAGAAAAAUAUUGAUAUUAGUGAUCAACCAGCCGAUAAAGAAAACAGUGAUACAGGAAGUGCCAAAACGUCUGAAAUAGUUGUAAAGCAAACUGAACAAAAUGGAAUUGUAAAGACUCUUUCCAUAAGUAAUCAAACAAGUAAUGUGAUGCCACAAAAUGAUAAUAAACAUGUUGCAAACAAUGUGUCGAAUGAGACUCAAAGUUCUUCCAACAGCGAACGGACAGGAAAUCAAACAAAUAAUGUGACGCCACCAAAUGAUAAUAAACAUGUUAGAAACAAUGUGUCGAAUGAGACUCAAAGUUCUUCCAACAGCGAACGAACAGGAAAUCAAACAAGUAAUGUGACGCAACAAAAUGUUGAUAAACAUGUUGGAAACAAUGUGUCGAAUGAGACUCAAAGUUCUUCCAAAAGCGAACGGACAGGAAAUCAAACAAGUAAUGUGACGCCACCAAAUGAUAAUAAACAUGUUGGAAACAAUGUGUCGAAUGAGACUCAAAGUUCUUCCAACAGCGAACGAACAGGAAAUCAAACAAGUAAUGUGACGCAACAAAAUGUUGAUAAACAUGUUGGAAACAAUGUGUCGAAUGAGACUCAAAGUUCUUCCAAAAGCGAACGGACAGGAAAUCAAACAAGUAAUGUGACGCCACCAAAUGAUAAUAAACAUGUUGGAAACAAUGUGUCGAAUGAGACUCAAAGUUCUUCCAACAGCAAACGGACAGGAAAUCAAACAGGUAAUGUGACGCAACCAAAUGAUAAUAAACAUGUUGGAAACAAUGUGUUGAAUGAGACUCAAAGUUCUUCCAACAGCGAACGAACAGCAAAUCAAACAGGUAAUGUGACGCCACCAAAUGAUAAUAAACAUGUUGGAAACAAUGUGUCGAAUGAGACCAGGGAAUCUACCAACAACAAACGGACAAUAAAUCAAACAAGUAAUAUGACUUCUAGUAUUACAAGAACAAACUCAAAUUCAUCAACAUCACCUGUUAACCGAUUUAUUUUAGAUUCAAACUGUUCAACUAGAGUAACAGGGGUAGAAGAUAUACUUUGUAUGAAACGGCCACAAUUUUCACCAGAUUUCCUGAAUCCAUGCUGGUACCAGGGUGGUAAAAUAAAAUGCCUACCAUACUUCCACAUCAUCGGAGUAUGUAAAACCGGAACUACUGAUUUAUUCAAGCGCUUGACCCAUCACCCCCAAAUAUUGAAGAACCGUGGACUUCUGGGAAAAGAAACGUGGUACUGGACAUGGCGACGCUAUGGUCAUGCUAAUUUUUACAGGUCUUCCAUUAGGCAGAUAACUCUUGGUAAUUUCAUUGAUCACUUUGAUGCUCGCGCUAUUGAACACGUAACAAGGAAAACAACAAACGGAACGCUGUUAUAUCAUCCUGCUGUAACCGGACACGGUGAUCCUAUGGAUUUCUGGGAUCAUUCGUCAUGGAAAAAGAUCCCACAGAAUGACCCUACAGCUGAUUUACCGGUUGUGAACACGCCUAGUUUAAUCAAACACGUCAAUCCUGAUAUUAAAUUAAUUCUAAUAUUAAGAGAUCCAAUAGACAGAUUAUUUAGUAACUAUUUACACGGACCAUUCGGAUCAACUGCCAACGAUUUCCAUAAGAACGUGAUGACGUCAUUGUCAAUAUUGGAUAAAUGCACGAGAAAUCGUACCUUAAAGUCCUGUCUAUAUGAUGAACAUAUAAUUCGAAGUCUAAAGGUACCGAUUUCCGGCAGCUUUUACUCUGUCCAUAUAAAAGAGUGGUUGAAAGUGUUCCCAAGGAAACAAAUUUAUAUCACCAGAACACAAGACUUAGCGAAAAAUAUUGCUGAUACGUUGCUAGGCAUUUUCAGAUUUCUUCAACUAGACCCAUUGCCAACAAAGGAUUUAUACCGUAUGGCUAACAUGCCGCAUUAUUACAACACUAAAGCUAGAGAAACCGCCGGUAACAUACAUGCCGAGACCAGAGAUAUCUUACGGCACCUAUUCGAGCCCUACAAUACCGAAUUGGCCUCCAUCCUGGGCGAAGAAAAGUUCAAUUUUAAUUACGUCAGCUGAAAACUUAUGACGUCAUUGCUUAUAUUGAAUGUUCAAAACGAGGCUGUUUGUCUAGACUUCGCUCUUAACGUCUUUCAGAAAAUAUGAGCCGCGUCACGACAAAACCAACAUAAUGGGUUUGCGACCAGCAUGGAUC